GAAUAAAUAGACUUCAUACGUUUCAUCUUCCUCAUUCAAACUCAUCAGUGAGAGAGUGAAGUGAAAUGGCGAAAUCUGCGUUUCUGCUUUCAUUUCUCAUCCUCUCACUCGCUAUCAAGUCGCAGGGCCGAUGCAUCGCGGACACAUCUCAGGAUCUAGUAUCCGAUGGUAUCCGCAGCGUCCUUCAACCUUCCCUUCUGCAUCUCGGCCGUCCAGUAUCGUCGUCAGAGGCAUGCGAGCAGACGUACGGAUUCCUACCCUGCACGACCACCGUUUUGGGUAACCUCUUCCUGGUGCUGGCGUACGGUUACCUGAUGUUCCUCGCCGCUACUUAUCUCUCAAACGGUAGCGAACUCCUUCUCGAGAUCCUCGGCCCCGGCAUCGUGGGCGGCCUCUUCCUUCCUGUCCUUGGCGCGCUUCCGGACGCAUUGCUCAUCCUAGUAUCUGGUCUUUCUGGAAGUAAAGAGACUGCUCAACAUCAGGUCUUGAUUGGGAUGGGCUUGCUUUCUGGGUCAACUGUCAUGCUUCUGACAUUGUUGUGGGGUUCUUGUGUCAUCGUUGGCAAGUAUGAUCUUUCAGAUAGUUCUACCUCCGUAGAUUCACGAGAUACAAAGGAGUGCAGCCUAACUGGCUCUGGUGUGAUUACGGAUUUACAAACUAGUCAUGCUGCAAAGAUCAUGGUUAUAUCUGUGAUCCCAUUUAUCAUUGUGCAACUACCUAAAAUUUUCAAUGUAUCAUCUGGAAGCCGCCUUGCAGUCUUGAUUUCUCUUAUUGUUUCAAUUGUAUUCUUGCUUUCGUACUGCAUCUAUCAGGUCUUUCAGCCCUGGAUUCAGAGGAGAAGAUUAGCAUACGCAAAACAUAAACAUGUUAUAUCAGGAAUUUUAAGACAUGCCCAAAAGGACGCAUUGGGAAAGCUCCUUACAGAAGAUGGUGAACCUAACAUACCUGUUAUAAGAAAACUAUUUCACAAAAUUGAUCUGGACUCUGACAACUUGGUAUCAGCUUCUGAGUUGAAAGCACUGAUCAUCGGAAUGCAGUUCGAGGAGAUAAAUGUCGAUACCACUGAUGCUGUUAAAAAGCUAAUGGAUGAUUUCGAUACAACCGGCGAUUCAAACAUUGAUGAGGAUGAGUUUGUCACAGGAAUUAUGAAAUGGAUUAGGGAGGCUAAGCACUUGGUUCCUCACUCAGGGGCUUACUCUAUAAAGUUCAUUUCCGACUUUCAUCAGAAAACCAAGGAAGAACAUGAUAUGCUGAUUGAUAGGAGCGAUGAGGUUGUAGAAGGCAUUAAUAAUCUCUCUUGGAAUUGCAUCAAAGCUGUGUUGUUGUUGCUUCUGGGGACGGUUAUUGCAGCUGUAUUUGCGGAUCCUCUUGUAGAUGCUGUCGACAAUUUCUCCAGUGCUACAGGCAUACCUUCUUUCUUUAUCUCAUUUAUAGCGAUGCCUUUGGCUACUAACUCCAGUGAGGCUGUUUCCGCAAUCAUCUUCGCCAGCAGGAAGAAGCAACGGACAACUUCCUUAACGUUCUCUGAGAUAUAUGGUGCGGUGACGAUGAACAAUGUCCUUUGCUUGGCUGUCUUCCUAGCCAUCGUUUACCUACGGCACUUGACGUGGGAUUUCUCAGCUGAAGUGCUCGUCAUUCUUAUAGUCUGCAUUGUAAUGGGACUCUUCACCAGCUUCCGCACCAAGUUUCCACUCUGGACAUGUUCUGUGGCUUACUUCCUAUACCCGUUUUCCCUCGCUCUUGUUUAUGUUCUUGACUACUGUCUCGGCUGGUCAUAGGAGCUCAUAAAGCGAGCGAAGGCGCCCAUUGCAGUUUCUAACUAAAGUUUGUAUUCUCUAAGCGUGAAGUUUUAUAGCGAUUGCUUACAGGAAAUGUCAGUGAAUAUGCUUGUUUCUUCUUGUA